AUGGAGGAAGACCAUCUGCUUCGCCGGAUGCAAAUCAAGGUCCUUUACUCGUUCGACAACAAUCCUUCAGUGUUCCUUUCCAGAUCAAAAAGUCAAUUUCCCGUCAAGGUGGCGCAGAUUGACUCCGGAAACGAUGAUAACCAGGUCUUGACUCUUGGCGCCUUUGACCUUCGAAACUGCGUUCACCAGAUCGUCAAAAGCUCGCCCGAGAACUUCAAACUAAACACCGAGGAUUAUGCCGUGUACUACAAAGACAUAACAGAACAGCCGGACGAGCCCUUUGUUGCCAAUGGAAUCAUGUCGUCUUUAUUGACGUCGUCUAAGCUGGACCUCGUCCCUGGAAGAGUGUGCCAAAACCUAUCUGCAUCAAUUCUUUUUGGCAAUAAACCCAAUGCGUCGUCGCUCACACUUGAAAUCAGACUCAAAUUUCACGUCAUCGAUCGCUCCGAAGAGUCUGCUCCCAACGGAAAUCUGGACGCACCAGUUCACACCCAGCAGCAUCACACCCAGCAUCAGCGUCCUCGCCCACAGGAUCAGCAGCAAAUACAUCAUCAGCAUCAGCAUCAAAAUCAUCAGCAUCAGCAGCAUAGUCACCAAGCUGCCACGCGGAAGAGAAGACCACCUCCUGUGUCUUCCUCUGCAGUGAAAGCAACUAGAACGAAAUCUCUUCCCAUCUUCUACCAUCCGCCGAACCAGCAGAUAUCAAACAUUAUCAAUGCUGACAAAUUGAAUGUGGCACUGAAGUAUGACAACAAAAGCAUUCAGGAUCGCUUCAAGCUGGCCCCAUUUCUUUCGGCCAAGAUUGUUGACGUUCCAUCUGCAAAGAGAAGAAGAUCGCAUGUGCCAUUGACACCAACAGUCCAGACACCCGGCCUGUCCGCACAACCACAGAGAGCAAUUAGAACUAGAUCAAUGAUGACAAAUGCUCUACCGAUGGUUUCGUCUCCAAUCAAUGAGGAUGCAUUUUCGGAAGCUACUGACGAUACUGAAUACAACGAUGGCAAGGGAAUGGAUGAGAUUGACGAAGAAGAUGACUUUGAGGUCCUCCAAGACGAUUCUUCCUCUCCAUACACCCCUCAACAGCCCCCAUACAAGCCUCUGGGUAAUAUUCUAGAUAAGGCUAAUUCAACCGUCAUAGUUCCAUCUGAUAACAAUCAGUUCCAAUCUCUUCCCGAUUUGGAGGAUUUAGAUAGCAAGAAAACACACACUAUCACCAGCUGCAAGCUCCCUGAGAACCAUGGCAUGGUUUGCAUCAACCGAAACUGCAUUGCUAUCGACUCGGUGGCCUGGAGAUACUUCGAGACUGGAUCCGAAGAUCAUCUCCAUAGAAGCAUCGACUCCGAGGCCCCUUUUGACAAAGCCUUGUAUGAUGGCAUGUUUGGUCCUUUGUGUAAUGCUUGCUACAGAUUCUUGAGGAAUAAAGGCUUCAUGAGACCGGAAGCAGUUGUCAAAAAAUACUUACAGCAACAGAAGUAUAAAAAGGACACUAAGAGUAGAGAUGCCGUUAGUGGAAUGAAUCAGCAAUCUGGAAUCAGCCAAUCGUCGCCCUUCAGCACAGUCACGCCGCAGUUUCAUAAAUUUCCAACGCCCUCAUAUUUCCCUUCUGCUAUCAACGAAGCUAUCAAGAGCCAAGUUGGAACGAACAAGAUACAAUUCACUGGAUCGACUCCAUUGGGUCAAACACCAAGCACUGUCACAGAUUGCCAAGAUAUCAAUGAUUUCAUUGACCAAAUCAACAAUUUCGGUGGACCACUUACUGAUAUCGACCUUCCCACAAAUGACUCGGGCAAUAACAUCGGUGUCACCCCUCCAAUGAUGGCAACGAAGUGUAACACCAGGGUUAUCAACAUCAGUGAAGGUAGCGAGGAAGAUGAGGAGAAUAAAGAAAAUGCGCCUCCAUUCUCGCACUCUUAUGCAGAAUUAGAUGAGAUGAUUACAUCCUUCGGUCAGAAACUGAGUCCAGAACACAACUCCUGGAACUUAUUCGGAGAACCCACUCCAAAAGAUGGAAAUGUAAAUAUGGGAGACACACCGCUCUUUGACGGUGCUCUUCCACAAAUGGCGACAUUUAAACUGUCGCCUUCUAGACAGUCGACACAACUGGCAAAAUCGGCUGCUACAUACAUGCCAUCAUCUCCUCUAGUUGCAAACUUUGGCAAGGACUUGAAUGAAGUCGAUGAAGAGUCUUCUCCAGCAAGAAAGGCACAGCGUACCGAUACAACUAUGUCGUACGUCAAUGGGCAUAAAUCUAGUCCUCGAAGCGAAAUCUACGCAGAGGAAGGCAAAGUAUAA